AUGCUGCCACUAAGGAAGGAGCAGCAGUCCUAUGAUGAAGAACUAGCAGAAGAUGAUGCAAGCACAUCUGGAGUACCAUCAUAUGCAUCAAAUAACGAAACCUCUGAAAAUCAAGAAGAUGAAGGGGAUGAACCGUUACUAGAGACUUAUAGGAGACUAGAAAAAAAAUUUCUCAGUGGAAAACAUUCUCACAAAAAAAGUUGGGAAGAAAUAUCACAGAUACUGGAAAAGGAGGGGUACACUGCCACAGGACCACAGUGUGCUUCGAAAUUAAGAAGUCUGAAAAUAACUUACAAAUCCAUCAAGGAUCACAAUAAUAAAUCAGGCAAUGAUAAGCGAACCUGGCCUUUUUAUGAGAUAAUGGAUGAGAUAUUUUCAAAAAAAGCUUGGUGUGCUCCUGUGGCAGUUGCAUCUUCAUCAGGCAUAUCUACUAAAAGUGCCUCAGAGUCAGAAUACACCAGCUUGAAAGAGUCACCAAAAACUCCAGUUGCUAAAUUACUUGCAAAAAGAUUAGGACAAAAGGAGGAUCAAGAGGAAGCCAGGAACAAAAGGCAUAGAGAAAAAAUGGAAAUGGAUCAAAAGUUUCUAGACAUUCUAGAAAAAUUGGUAGAGAAAAAAUAA